UGAUAUCUUUCAUUGUUUAAAAUUAAUCCAUAUUUAAAUAAAUUUAAAAACUCCCGCGCAAAUAUAUUUUUGAAUUUGAAAAUAGGUGGCGCGUAUAAUUGUUGAUUAUAAUCAAAAUGGCAGCAUGUUAAUGGUUACUCUGAAAAGACUUUGCCCAAAGACGGACGCGUUAAAUUUAACCGCGUUAUUAUUUAAUAAUAAUAAUAUUUUAACAAAUAAAAUUAUUUUGUCGCACAAUAAUGUUAUUGUAUUUAUGAUAAUACGUUAAAUAGAUAAUUGUCAGUGAUAAUAAAACUCGUUGUAAAUUUAAAUAGAGUGUGUUGUCGUGCAACUUUUUUUUUUUCUUUAUUAUUUUAUCAUCUCUCGUACACACUGAAUUUUGGUGCGCGAUGAUUCGCGAAGGGUUGUAGCCAUAUUUACAAUACCAGUACCACUAAACUUUUAUACGUCCAUAAAUUUAUUUUAUUGCUAUAAAUCUUUUUUAAAAAUAAAUAAAAUUUAUUAUUUUAUAAAUGACUACUGUGUAGACAAAAGUUAAUUUAGCUUUCAAUCAAUUGGUUUAUGCUAAUACGUGUGAUUAUUAAUGUGCAAUCAGUGACAUAAUGAUCAGUUGAUGAUAGCCAACGUAUCUGGAUGUCGUUAGUUAUCUCUUUUAAAGACAAAUACUUGUCAAGUUUAUAAAUAACAUUACACGGUGUAAGUUAUUAUUAUUUUACUUAUUAUUUUAUGAUAAUAAAGACAGCCAAGUAUUCUGGACACUUUUACUUGUUCAGAACAAUGACUAUUUUAUUGCGGAUACUUUAGCUGAUGAUUAAUUUCUAUUGAUGGGGACAAGUUAUUUAAUUGUUUGAUAUCUACAUGGUUUGGAGCGAAACCUCUGAAGAAACGACCAAAGAUAAUGUUAUGUUUGACAUAAAUAACAAUAACAAUAAUUCUUUAAAAAAAAGCCUGCAAGGUGCAGGCUAGGCACAGUAGUGCCACUUUCGGGUAAUGGAUCCAGUUGGUCCAUGGUACGCCUCGUACAAUCGUUUGACAACAGGAACUGCCGCCGGCGCAUUUCAAGCCGGCGGAGCUACAGCAAGUGGUGACUUUGUGUCUCACCAUCUUGGAUCACCAACAACUAUUAAUCAAACUUCGCCGUCGCCAUCGUCGACGACGUCAGUGGUGGUGCCGACUACGACCUCACAGUUGCUGCUGCAAUCAUCACAGACCACGGCUUCAUUGGCCGGUCAAUCGCCGCCAUUUAAUUCUGGUGGUUUUUUGUCACCGCCACCGGUUGGUUAUGACGUAUUCUCACCGCUGUUUCAUCAUUCAAAUGUCAAACAAGCCCAUUACAAUGUCACAACAGCCGGUGGCUCGCAACGUGGAGGUCAAACGAUGGUACAGUCUCAGACUAGUACUGUCAGUAAACAAACAACACCCGAGCCAGAAGUUGUCCCGGGUGUUGUGCGAGAAAAUUAUACCACCAGUCAAACCUCAUUCUUUGAGCACCAAUCACAAACAACCUCACCGACGACCUCCGCGUUGCCGUGGAACUCCAGCAGUUCUCAGCUACCCAGUCCGUUUGGGAUUCUGCCACACGAGAGUGUAGUUUCCCCUUCGCCAGCAGUUCCACCGGCAACUAAACCGACAAACAACAGUAGUAGCUAUGAAAAUAAUUUCAAUCCUCACUUUACUACUGGACAACCUAUUGGUACUAUUAAUUCAUACGCAACGGACAAUGGUAAAAAAUUAUCAAGAUCAGCAUCACCUGUCACAAUAAAAUCAACAUCUCCUGGUACGACGCAGUCAUUUUUCCAACAAACAUCUACUACAUUUGAUCCUGAUCUUGCUGCAAGUUAUUCUAAUGACAACACUGCGUCAAAAGUACAAUCUACGUUGCAUCAACAGCAAUCGUGUAUCGUAUCGACGUCAAACAUCGAUCAUCGAGUACCACAAACCCACUCAUCACCAGUGUCAACGAUAUUUCAAAGUACUGGUGGCAGACCAACGGCUAUUCAUACUCAGGAUAAAAAUUCUGUGGUACAAAAUCCACAGCCGGUACAAACAAAAGCACAAACUAAAUCGUAUGCGGACAUAGGAAAUCACGAUCACCAGCGAACAGACACCAGUCUCGAAGCUAGCCAAUCAUCGCCCAUCAGUUUCUCUAUGAUGGAUGCACGGACUUUGAACUAUGCUCCCAGCACACCCAAUAAUUGUGCCAGUAAUGCCAGUGGUAAAAUUACCACGAGUACGCAACGGACGCCGCCCAACACAAAUCUACAUCAGCAGCAGCAGUAUCAUGUUAUAAAUCAACAGCAGAGUCAACAGCCGGCUUUGCCACCGCAACAGCAAACAACACCCUACCGACACUAUUCGACAGGGUCACAAAGCGAAUCGGAGUAUCACCAUCCCGGCAGAUCAAAGUCAGCUGCAUCAACUGACUCGGCGUAUUCAUCAAACACGUCGACGCAAAACGGACCCGACUGCGGAGUUGUUGUGCCGCGUAGACCGAGUCCUCUGCAAGCACAUUCACAGGCGAGUCCUCUCAGCCAUGUACCCAGUCCGGCAUAUCCGAUGUACAACAGCCCGAUGGCGGCGAUGUCAUCCCCGUCGCCGCUACCUCAACACGGAGACAAUAGUGCGAGUAAUCAAUGUGCCAAUGCUCAAACAUAUAAAGCUAUACAGCAACAGGUAACACCGCCUUCGCCUCUGGACGUCUCUGUUUCCAGACCAGCCUCCCAAGGUCAGGUUGCCUACUCAUCUGUAAUCACCCGUGUUCUUGGUACUUCAGAUAACACCAAAGCCAAUUACAGCGCUGAGAAUCGUAGCUACGAGCAUCAAGAUUUUGUACAAAGGCCAAAGCAACAACUAUGUUGGGAUAAUAAUGACACUCGACCCGCUCCUACUAACAGAAAGUUUCCAAUGACUGCGUACUUGCCUAACAAUGCGGAAAUAAAUUCUCAAACGCUGUCAAGCCAACAGCAGCAGCAGCAACUCAAUAUUCCCGAGCGACAGCAAGGUUACUUUGAUUCAAGUCAAGUGCCACUUCAAGAUCUAAGCAGUUGUCGUGCUGGCGAUUCAAUGAGUAUUGUAAAGAAUAUACAUCAAAGCACGUCGUGUCAAAUUCAACAACAACAGCAGCAGCAGCAAUUGGGUGGCGUACCACAACCCGAAGAUCCGCAGAAACAAGUUGAAGAGCGACAAAGAAAAAUCGAUCCUACCAAAAAGAGGCGUAGCUUUGAAAAAAGCUCCAUACAUAGUUCAACUUUUAACGAUCUCUCGACAACAAGUACACCUGUGAUGAACGAUUACCUCAGCCGAGUACCACCACCAGCUCAUCAUAAUUCAAAUCAGCAACCGCAAAACGGUUACUUUGAUUUCGAGAGAUGGAAUUUGGCAUCUGGCUCCAAAAUGUUUACCAGUUCUGCGGGACCCUUUGGAUCUCAAAGUACUAUUCACCAUGCCGGUAAUUACGCUGGCAACUCGACGACUCAUCAGCACCAAUCACUCAUGGUUUCACAUCAUACUCCACCUAUAAAUCCUAUACCUCCAUACUUUCCGGCAUUUCAUCUACCACCUGGACACCAUCCUGGUCACCACCCCCAUGAGUAUCAUCAGUCUUCCAUGGACGUCAGUUCAAUCGGUUACAUCGGUGACAAUUCAACUUCUGGUCACCACCACCAUCUUCACCAUCCCCAUCACCACAAUUCCAGUUCAACCGGUGGAUAUCAAGAUUUCCGUGAUGACCAACCAAAAGUUAUUGUUCCGAACAUCGAGGAGGAGCUGGGCUUUCUUCAGUCAAACCAGUUGCCAGUCGAGACUGCUAAUCAGGUGAACAGGGAUCUCAAGCCGGCGUGCAAAGACCCAAAUACUGGUUUCAUGACAAGCUACUUGAAGUUUUUGCAGGGCGAGCGAGAACCCUCGCCACCACCUGCGAUUCGCGGAGGAAGGAAGGCCACAUGGAACAGGUCGAAACCUUACUUGCCACACGAGCCAAUUAAAUCAAUCAGUGAUAUCACAGCAUCAGCAGCAACCAACGGAGACCUGUACAAGGGAUUAAAUUCGGCCAAAGAAACCCCAACAAUAGACUACGCCAACGAUCCACGGUACUUUCCAUUGCCCAAGGAACGAAAGAAACCCUACAUUGAUUCCAGCGACGACGGUAUUAUGAGCGAGGAUGAUUUUCCAUUUACAUUAAAAAAGAAUGAUAAGAAUAAAUUAAAUAAUAGUAGUAGUAAUAAUAAUAACAAUAAUAGUAAUAACAAUAACAAUAAUAUGAUGUCAAAUGUCGAUAAUAAUGUUGUUAAACCACCGCCUAAGAAAAAGGGACGGCCGAUAAAACCCGGAGGUCCGACAGACAGAAAGAGAAAAGCCGCUGCAGCGGCUGCCGCGGCGGCUGCUGCUGAUGCAGCUGCAGGUAGGCCACAAAAAAAAACAGACAAUAAUUUAUUAUUAUUACCACCUCGGCGGGAAACGUCGAAACGUAAAGCCAAGGAGAAGGUUUCGACCAAACAACUCGCUGAAAAUUCCGACGACGACGAGCAGGGCGACUCUGACUCAGACCCGGCCUGGACUCCGGCAGCCAAACUCACUGGUGACGAUGACGACAAGAAGAAAAAACGCGGCCGUCCGGUUAUCAGUAAAAAAACUAGAAAAAUGCUCGACGAUGACGAUUACUCGUCGAGUGAUCUGAUUCCGAAAAAAGGGAGAAAAAAAUCCGAUCACAAAAAUUCGGUAUUGAAAAUUGACGAAAAAUUGCUGGCGUCUGUUAGCGAUGAGGAUAUUGAUAUAUCGCCUUUUAAGUCGGGUGAGUUUGUUGUUAUCAAAGCUGAGUUGAAGGAAGAGUAUCCGGCGUUGUGGAGGAUAGACGGUAAAACGUUGCUACAAAAAUAUGAACCAUUUGAUUCAAAUGGUAAAACACUUUAUCGUAAUAUUUCAACGUACUCGGGUUGGACACCGCAAAAUCGGCAUAUGUAUCAACAAGUUCCGGUUAAAUUUUGGCAGCAAGGAAAAUUAGAAACGAUUGUUGAAUUUUUACGCGAUGAAAUGAUUAUUGAUGACAGAGAGUGUAUCAAUCGGUCUAUAAAAGAAAACGAAAAAUAUCAAGAUAACUUUGAAGUUUAUGUACAGACACUAAUAUCCCAAGCACUAGAUUCAAAUUUCCUGACUGAAAUUUUCCAGGAGCAUGAUGAAUAUUUUUUGUCAAAUGUUAAAAUGAUCGACGAAAUAACGGAGGAACGUAAACGGCGACUACUGUCGACGACUAAAUGGCAAAAAAAUGUUGUAACAGUAAUAUCCACGUGGCCUUGUUUGAAUGUAUUGAAAGACUUGUCAAGCUCUGAGUGCAAAGGUAAACAGUGCAGUGGCUGUCAGCACAGCCAAAUUCAUGCCAGAGUCCUGUUGUACGGACAGCCAUACAAUGCUACGACAUUAGAAGGUUCUCCGCCAGACCCCGCAGUGCCUCAUGAAAAGGACUUUUUGUUAUGUCGAGUGUGUCAAAAGAAAGUUGCUUUGUUCAACAAAGUGGCGCAUCAAAAAUAUCUCAUGUUCCUCGAAUGUGCUAGAAGAGUUUCUGAUAGAAGAAUAGCUGAUCCUAAUAAAGACACAACGACUAUUCUUAAUGAAUUGUUGGCUGACGAAACGUGGCUCAAUCAGUUAUUUAAAGAGGUACGAACAAUUUGGGCAGAAAUCGAUAGUAUAGAAUACCAAUCAAAAUCAAAAUUAAUAACAAAUUCAAAUAAUUCAACAUCACCACCAGAGAAUCAAGACUUAAAUCCCGAAGCGUCCAAUGUGCCAUUAAAUACAGAUUUUGAAUUGUCUACCCAACAAACCGAAAGUAAUAAUUGUUUGUUAAAUCUUGAUACUAAUAACGAGGAUAUAAGUGCUAAUAUAUCCUAGUGAUUUUAAUUACUUCAAUAAUUAUAAUAAGUAACGUGAGCUUUUAGAGAAUCGACCUAAAACUUUAUGGCAUGAAAAAAAACAAAGACUUUGAGUAAUGAUUUAUCAUUAACAAAACAAAAAAUAAUAAUAACAACAAAUAAAGUAUUAGCUUAUUAAUAUUUGGAGUUUGUUGCCUUAAAAAUAAAUUUUAAAAAAUUAAUAAUAAUAAAGUUAUAAUUAUUAGCGACGUAAAUUCAGUGAUAAAUUUUUUAUUGGGAUAAAUAAUAAACUCUGUAAAGUUUAUUAUUAUUAUUUUUGUUUUUACAGUUAUUUAUUUAAUAUACAUAAAAGUUAAAAUAUUAAGUGAAACAGUUGAUGAUAAAUAAUGCUGGUGGUUAAAUAUUGUUUGGACAUAAAAAAUUGCUGCUACUAAGUCAACACGAUAACACACCUCAUAAUAUUGUGUAACAUACUCAUACAGUGCAACUUGAUAACUAUAAUAUUAUAUAACAAUGACAACUUUGGGUUGUCAUAAAAUGAAUAUUGUGUCUUUGGCCAUUCGCAUUAAUUUAAAAUAAAAAUAAUACUAUAAGCUAUUGAUAAUUUAUAUCACUGUGAAUAUAGAAUACAUUAGGUAUUACAAUAAUUAAUAAUAUAAUAUAAUGUAUUUGUAUUGUGCUAAAUAGGUGCUAGGUAUGCAUAACUAAAUGAUAAUUAUCCUAGAUGAUUUUGUUAAUUUAUCAUUUAAUUACAUAAAUUUAAUCAGUAAUCAAUUCACCGUUUUAAUUGUAACUAUUUAAUCACGGUGAUUUGUCAAUGAUUAUUAUAAAAACUUCCACUGUAAUAUAUACGCAUAGAUUUUUAAAUUCGUGUGUGUCGAGAAAAAUUUAUAUCCGAUUUAUAAAGAAAAAUAUACAAAGUAAUCAGUUUAAUCUAUUUAGUUGAUUCAAUACUUUUUAGUAUAGAUUACACGUUUUAUUAAGGGCAUUCUUAGACAGUGCCCGCGAAUUUUUGAAAAUAAUCAGGGACUUUCAAUUAUAAUGACUAUUAAAAUU